CACCAGACUAAAUUCUCAGCAUCCACCAUGGCGGUCGAGGAACUGUUGAGAGAGCUGUUUUUCAACCCAAUAAAUCUCGCAUUACUGUCCGUUUGCGGAUUUCUUCUCUACAAAAUCUUUGUAGGGAGUAGAAGGAAGCCAGAUCCACCCAGGGAUCCACCUCUCCCGAAGAUGAAGAAGAGAGAUUUCACCCUGCAAGAUUUGAAAGACUACGAUGGCACUGGCGCAGACAAACGGGUGCUGGUUGCAGUGAACGGCAAAGUUUUUGAUGUGUCGAGGGGGAGGAGAUUUUACGGACCAGGGGGUCCAUACGGCGUUUUUGCUGGUCACGAUGCUUCCCGUGCCUUAGCAACAUUCUCUUUGGAUAAGGAUUCUUUCAAAGAUGAGUACGAUGACCUUUCUGACCUAGACAAGGAAUCUUUGGAUGGUGUCCGAGAAUGGGAAAUGCAGUUCAUGGAAAAAUAUGACUACGUGGGCAAGUUGUUGAAACCAGGGGAGGAGCCCACGGAAUAUUCAGAUGAAGAGUCCGCCACAGAGACAGAGAAGAAAGAGAACUAGGAGCAACCAAGCAUGAGAGAUGAACAACGCACUACAAUAUGUGCGUGCCAGUGUGCCAAUAAAGGAAUGAGUGCCGUGGUGAGAAUCGUUUGAUGAGAUGGCAGAUGGAACGUUUCAUUUCACAACGCAAGGCCGAGUGGAAUGGAUUCUCCCAUCUGUCACCUCAGGAAGUUAUUCUUUCCAUGGCAUGAAUGUGGCAUAUUCAUUGUUUUUUUUAAUGCCGAAUAAAUCCCCAGCUGAAUGUACAUGUAUACGUCUGCAUCAACUACAUGUACAUGUAUGAGUUCAGAAAUGUCUUGUUAUUAGGGAUUAGUUUGUCUAAUAUUUAUCGAUUUGAACAUUCUAUUUUUGCAGUGCUGGUACCUGGUACAUUUGUGCCACGUGUUUGUAUGAAUAAAUCAGUAAUCACAUCAUCCUCCACCCAUCGACGAGAUGACAGGGAAUUAUUCAAGUGUUACAUCGAAUGGAAUGUGACAAGUCAAAUUUAUUCAGUUCAACAUUUAAGCAAUAUUGGACUUUUCUGUUGUGCUAGCUUUAUGAAAAUGUGCCCACACAUUGUUUCCAUUUGGAUUGUGGCAUUGGUUGACUGCUCGGUGAACAUUCCUCAUAAAAUGCCAUGAUCUUAAUGUGUUGAACAUGUAGGGUUGGGCCAUUCUUGGGUGGGUGUACAUACAUGUCUGUAUGGCAGGCUAAUGUUCAGUGCUCAGCCUAGUCCAUUACAAGUCCCUGUGAGCCCACCACAAGUCAUUCAGUCUUAUUAAAGCCAAGACACAAGCCUUUUAAACUGAACCUGUGGCACUGUUCAGCCUGUUAGUACAUAAGGACAGGACUCUACUUGUGAACGGACUUGUAAUGGACGGCAACACUGGUGAUUCCAUCAGAGUAUUCAAGGUUUUGAAACACUUCCUACCAGGAGCUCUGCCAUGAAAGGUUUACUUUCAGGCUUUGCUAUUCAAUAUCACAGUUUGGUUUUCCAUAACUACAAGAUAAAAGAGCUGUUACCGCAUAGGCAAUAUUUUGUAUUGCUUUGUUUUGAAAUGUUACUCUCGCUUGGCCCAAAAUAUUGGAGUUGUAGUUUGGUGUUUAAGCAGCAGUGGCCUAAUGGGGGUUGUAUCCUAACAUGGCAUAUUUGGGCAACUCAAGCACAACUGGUACAUGUACAUGUAAUUCACAUUACUUGAAUGUACAUGUAUAUGAAAGAUUGUCCUGUACCACCGCCUUCUCAUAUUGUAGUGCGUUGUUAAAUCAAAGACCAGUUUUUAUAGAUACUGGUACUAACAAAUGAAAGUGAUUUCCAUAAUGCUUUACUUCAAGAGAUAGCCAGUUGCUUGUACUGGUACCUUGUAAAAAAUGAGGUACAUACAACGUGUACAUUUAGAUUUAGAGGCUUUGCAUUCGCUUAGAGUCACUUGUCAUUCAAACAAAGGAAAAGGGUUCAAAACUUGUAAAUAAUUGUUGUCAAUUUUGGAUUGACUUGAAUAAUUUACUAUUCAGGUGUUAAUUUUAGCCUUUGUGUACUCGGUCAAAAUCUAUUACAGUUUCAUUUGAUCAUCAAAAUGCUAAGUCUUGGAUCUUUAUGCAAGGGGACUUGCAUGUUUCUUGUGCUAGUCUUGUGCUAGUGUUCUGUUCUCCCCCAUCCAUUUUCACCUGGAAUGCUUUUCACUUCAUUUCUUUUCAACUUGGUAACAACUUGUGUUUUCUUCGAACAUUCCUACGUUCUAUGCAUUAGGUAGGCAUCUUUCAUUUUAGUGGCAUGCAUCUCUGCCUUUCAAGUAAUCUUGGUACUUUGAUACAUGUACGUACAAUUGGACUGUUUCAAUUCCUCUUGUGGUGGUAUCCAGUUUGAAUGCCCCAAUACUUUGCUACAAUACUGAUUUUGAUUUUGUCUUGAAUACGAAAUCUAAGAGAAGGAUUAUUUCUUUUCAACUGAGGACAUGCAUGUACAUUCAUCCAUAAAAAAGUGGGCUUGUUGAACCUCAACAAUGCUUCAGUGAUUUAUUUCUGUUGUUAAAGUCUUAGUUGGUUUAGUUUUUGUCAUUAUCACUUUCAUUUGAAUCAAAGCUUUUUAAAGGUAAUAAGAGAAAAGAUAUAUAGUGGAAUGGUUUCUUAUAGUAAAUAUACUUGUAUAUGAUGGACUUUAGGCAUGAACUAACAGAAUAUCCUCCCCUAAAUUUAGAGUGGAGGGUAUUCUAUGAGAACUGUGAGUUUUAGUUUACGAAAAUGUAAACCCUUUUUUGUGUUUGUCGGGCCUCUUCCAGGGAUCAGUCGUAACUCCACAAAAAGGACAUUCUUACAUUUGCAUUGUAUACGUGUAUAUGAUGGCCCAGAAAAAAAGGGUUGAUUUCAUGAAGUUGUGUGCUCUACGACUAUGAUCGUGUAUUUUUCAUAAAGUAGGAGCAAGAUGUAUUCAAAUAAGACUUUUAUGGCUUCCCUUUUGUCAUGCUUCACUGAGCACCUUUGUUUGGAAAAUGUUACAUGUACAUGUAUGUCAAGAGCCAUUUGCGACACUUCUGUAGAAUUGGAGUUUCAUUCGGGGAAAGUGGUAAGCCAACAUUUAUUUGUGUUAAAUGGAAUGCCUGUAGUCUUGCUUUGCGGAAAAACGUAUCUCAGGUUAGCUAUGUGAUGCGGAUGCAUUAGGCUGAUGCAUGAGAAAAAAAAGUUGUUUCGGUUAAAACCAGUUAGCUAGAUAUGUCUAACAACAGUUAGUGUCAUGGUCCAGCUCACCAUUGAGCAAAGAGUGUUUGUUGUGACUGAAUUGAUAACCAUCUUGUUUUUUAAUGUUUCAAAAACGUUAAACUUUGCUUCGGGCCAUGUUAGAUGUGAUCAGUCAUUUUUAAAACAGUGCUGCUUGGUGAAGCAUGAGUUGAGGAAGUCCAAAGUGUUUUGCUCUUUAUGGCAAACACAAUAGUUAGUCAUUUUAACAUGGCACACAACUUGGAUUCAUUAACCCUUUAUUUCAGGAUUCAUUUUUUUCCGGCAUACCCUGUUCAUGUAGGAUUCAUUUGAUUUCUUCCAAUUCCUGGCAAUUUCAUGUUCUCAUAGUUCCAGCAACCUCCCUGCCGAGGGUACUGAGACAGUUUAUUGGAAUCUCUCUUGUAUGAGAAGAUAUCAUUUUUCAAACAAGUUUUGUCUUGCCUAUUUUGAUUAAUUUACUCAAGUAUGGUGUACUAAUCAUAGAUUAAUGAUGACUGGCUGUACAAGCUUGGGAAUUUUAAGACAGCUGCAGUGUUUUAUGUUGAUGAAAAUGUAGUGAAGCAAGCAGCCUUCAAAGUAGCUAAUGAGAAUGAUCAAACAUUGAAUUCAAAUAGUGAGAAAUUUGUAAAUGGUUAAAUUUACAAAAUUAAAAACUUACAUGAAUGUUUCUUGAUCUGCUGUGAAAUAGUACAUGUGGAUGUACCAUUGAAAUAUGGGAGUGGAUUGCAUCCAUUUUACAAUAUUAGUAAUUUUUGUAUGCAUUCCACCAGAAAUAGAUUUUUAAAAGUGCUAUUUGAUGAAUUAGUUCUUUCAGCAAUUAGCAGGAUGCCUAGGUUGGCAGGUUGGCAAGACAGCAAAAGCAGUGAAAUGGUUCAUGAUUUGAGUACUGCUCCUUGAAAUCUUGCAGGAAGCCUUUGCAGUUGUUGAAAGUUCCACAGGGCUUUACAUGGUGACAAUGUAGAGAACUCUGCAGUAAUUCAGUCACUGUUGAGUUUGCAUUUGUGCACAAAAGAGGAGCAAGCCAGGGUGUAUCUCAAAACGUUCUCUGAUCCUGUUAAACGGAUUUAUUACUCUGAUCAGAGGACGAAUCCUAUGGUCUGCUAGGAGUGUUCCUUCUCCCGGGGGAUCUUCCAAAUCUCUGUGUACAUCACAGACUGCAUGCUAUACUUAUAGUUUUGUGAAUCAAGCCCCCCUUGGAUUAAGAUCACUAUGCUUAACUUAGCUGUACAGUUUGUGUAGUCUGAGGCUGUAGAUGGAUGGAGGUUUAUGUCCUUCCCCACGGUGAACAUUUCGGAACCGAGUGUACAUAUGGGGCUCUUAAUGAACUCCUUGUAGAAGAUGAAACAAAAAAAAAGGGAUGUGUGUUUCCUGCUAAAAGCAGUACAUCAGGGGACUGUUCCAGCUUUUUCUGAGCUCGGAGACAUUCCCUGAAGUCUAAAAUGGUGCUUCCACUGGAAAAAUGAACAACAUGCGGGGUUGAGUCUCAUUGUAUAUGUGAGCUCUUACGACGUGUAUGUUGUGAUCAGCGUCACUUUUAAAUUUGUGUGUUAAUCUAUUGAAGUGUGAUCUUAAUGAGGAGAAUUAACCCUUCUAACUUCAGUUGCAAACAUCGGGGUAUUGUGUCGAUUUGCAAUGUUGCAUAAAUUCUUAUAGUUAGCAUUGUUCGGGCAGGAAUGCUCGGCCUGUUUGCCCUCAUAUAAAACGUUUGAAACCGGUUCAGGAUUUCGAUCAUUUGGGAAAGAUGAACGAAUCCUGUGUGAAGUGAUGUGAAUGACACUUGAUGAAAUACGCAUCUACCCAGCAAAAGUAAUUUCAGUGAAUUGUGUGAGUUGCAUGUACAGAAAUUCUGAUUAGGUAGAUGAUUAUUGCUUAGAUUUCUGUUAUUUGAUAAGCUGUUAUGUUACCAGUUGAUAACUUUGCCAAUUUUCUGUUAAGUGUUGAAAUUGGGCUAUUCGAGUGAUAUACAAAUAAACUGGCUAGAUGCUUGGAACUGUUAUGUAUGGACUGAAA